CGAGAUCUUGGGCUGCUACUGUCUUCCAAUUUCCAGCCUUGUUUUUCCCUGUUUCCCUCUUGUUGCCCGUUUCCUAGUUCCCUGUUUGGGUUAUUUGUUUGUUUUCCCUUCCUUCCCCUUCCCUCCUUUGCGACUCGCCCCUGGCCCACUCUUCCGCUCCUUCCAAACAUCCAAGUGAGUCAACGGUAUGUGGCCGACGUCCGACGUCUGACGUGCCACACAUUCACUGCUGGGAACCAGUCACUUUACGCUUGGGCUUGGAGGGCUUGUGUAACCCACCUGCCUCUCAUCUGCACACCCCUCAGCAAAUACAUCAUCGAACCAGCCGCUUCUAGCUGCUGAGCUGUUCUGUGGCCUGAUUCUUUCGCACGACCCUCGGGCAGCACUGGCUGUGAAAACGGCCGAGGUUUACCUGGCCCAAACCUGGACCUCAGCAACAUCAAAUCUACUACAUCAUUCCCAGCAUGGCUAGUAACGCAGGGUCUGAGUGGGAGAAUGCCACGACGGUGGUGGGUGAAGGCGCCGCCGCGAAAGUCUCGGGCGAGAAAGAUGUUGCCGAUGAGAAAGACCAGGCCGGACCCAAGCACGUCAAAUUCCAUGUGGAUCUCAACGAUGCCCUCACGCCUGACCCGGGCACUGAGGACAUGUUCAACAAACCCAAGAACAAGUUCGCCUUCUCACCCGGCCAGCUCUCCAAGCUUCUAAACCCCAAGAGCCUGAAUGCCUUCCUUGCUAUGGGUGGCCUGGACGGACUGGAGAAGGGUUUGCGAACCGACACGAAAAGUGGGUUGAGCUCCGACGAGGACAUUCUCGACGGCGCGGUUGCUUUUGAGGAUGUCGCGAUAAAGGGCGCGCCAAAGUACGGUGCCCUUGGGAACAAUCCGCCUGCACCAAGCGAGGAGAAGUCGGCCGCUGCCGCAUCUGGGGCAGCACAUCACGCCUCGACUCAGGGCUUCUCUGAUCGUCAGGACGUGUUCAACGAUAACAGGCUGCCCGAGAAGAAGAGCAAGUCGCUUCUCGAGCUGGCUUGGUUGGCAUACAACGACAAGGUCCUGAUCCUUCUUACAAUCGCGGCAAUUGUAUCAUUGGCACUCGGCCUAUACCAGACCUUUGGCACCACUCACGAACGUGGUGAGCCCAGGGUAGAAUGGGUUGAAGGCGUCGCUAUCAUUGCGGCUAUUCUAAUUGUUGUGAUUGUCGGUACACUCAACGACUUCCAAAUGGAAAGGCAGUUUAAUAAGCUCAACAAGAAGCACAAUGACCGCACGGUCAAGGUGGUCCGCUCUGGCAAGUCUCAAGAAAUCUCGGUUUUCGAUGUGCAGGUGGGUGAUGUAAUUCACCUCAACACCGGAGAUAUGAUACCAGUCGAUGGUAUUUUCAUCGACGGAUACGGCGUCAAAUGCGACGAAUCUUCUGCCACUGGUGAAUCGGACCUCCUGAGGAAGGUCUCUGGCAGAGACGUGUUCGCUGCCCUGGCCGAGGCGGCUGAGUCCGGCAAAGACCGCCCUGAACUGGAAAAGCUGGACCCAUUCAUCAUCUCCGGAAGCAAGGUCCAGGAAGGAACAGGAACAUUCCUUGUGACAGCCGUCGGUGUGAAUUCGAGCUACGGACGAACCGCAAUGGCUUUGCGUACCGAGCAGGAAGACACUCCGCUGCAGAAGAAGCUGAACAUCCUGGCCGACUGGAUCGCGAAAUUUGGUGCUGGUGCUGCACUCAUCCUAUUCAUCGUCCUUUUCAUCAAGUUCUGCGCCGCUUUGCCUGGAAAUGACGCGUCACCAUCGGAGAAGGGCCAGCAAUUCCUCACUUUAUUGAUUGUCUCGGUCACGGUAGUGGUCGUUGCUGUACCUGAGGGCUUACCCCUGGCAGUCACUCUCGCUCUCGCCUUCGCUACCACUCGCAUGAUGAAGGACAACAACCUAGUACGCGUUUUGAAGGCGUGUGAAACAAUGGGCAACGCGACGACCGUAUGCUCCGACAAGACAGGAACUUUGACCCAGAACAAGAUGACAGUGGUCGCCUGCACUCUUGGAAGUUGUAACAGCUUCGGUGGGACGGAUCCACCACUCGACGACACCGAGAAGCGCGAUGAUUCCGAAACGAAAAGCGUAGAAGCUGUGGCCAAUGUCCCCGUCAACGAAUUCGUGACCUCGCUGGGAGAUGAGACAAAGCGGCUGCUGAUUCAAUCAAACGCAGUCAACUCGUCGGCUUUCGAGGGUGAACAAGACGGGGAACAAACUUUCAUCGGGUCCAAGACAGAAGUCGCCUUGUUGACCUUUUCACGCGAUCAUCUCGGUGCUGGGCCAGUUCAGGAAGAGCGAGCCAAUGCUGAAAUCGUCCAAGUUCUUCCUUUCGACUCCGCAAAUAAGUACAUGGCAAGUGUUGUGAAGCUCUCAGAUGGGAAAUAUCGAGUCUACGCCAAAGGCGCCUCUGAGAUUUUGCUCAGAAGGUGCACCCACAUACUUGGUGAUCCCGAAUCCAUAACCGGUGUCGAGAUGAAGGAUUCUGUACGCGAAUCCAUUUCAAACACGAUCACUUCAUACGCCGGGCAGACAUUGCGGACUAUCGCCUCAUCUUACCGCGAAUUCGAGUCGUGGCCACCAACGGGCAUGGAAUCCAAGGACGACCCCAAGGUUGCGGAUUGGGCCAAGGUCCACGACAACAUGACGCUAGUGGCCAUUUUUGGAAUCAAGGACCCUCUCCGGCCUUCUGUCAAGGAUGCUAUAAAGGACUGUCAGCGUGCGGGAGUCAUAGUACGCAUGGUCACCGGCGACAAUAUACUGACUGGAAGAGCAAUUGCCCGCGAGUGUGGCAUCUACCACCCUGAGGAAGGCGGCAUAGCUAUGGAAGGUCCUGAUUUUCGACGAAAGACGGAGCAGGAACUCAAGGAACUGGUCCCCAAGCUUCAGGUCCUCGCCCGUUCAAGUCCCGAGGAUAAGCGCAUCCUGGUGCGCACUCUGAAGGAGCUCGGUGAGACUGUAGCCGUGACCGGCGAUGGAACAAAUGAUGCUCCUGCUCUAAAAAUGGCCGACAUCGGGUUUUCAAUGGGAAUCGCGGGUACUGAGGUUGCGAAAGAGGCGUCUGCUAUUAUUCUUAUGGACGACAACUUUGCUUCGAUUGUGAAGGGCAUGAUGUGGGGACGUGCGGUGAACGACUCCGUUAAGAAGUUUCUUCAGUUUCAGCUUACCGUCAACGUCACCGCCGUUGUCCUUACGUUUGUCUCGGCUGUCGCUUCAGCGGAGGAAGAAUCGGUGCUCAAUGCUGUGCAAUUACUCUGGGUGAAUCUCAUCAUGGACACAUUCGCUGCUUUGGCUCUUGCGACAGACCCUCCUUCUCGAUCGGUUCUGGACAGAAAGCCCGAUCGGAAAUCUGCGUCACUUAUCACUCUUCGCAUGGCCAAGAUGAUAAUUGGACAGGCAAUCUGUCAGCUGGCGAUUACCUUCUGCCUCAACUUUGGCGGCAGGACUCUCCUUGGAUACGGAACUUCCAAGACCGAGGUGACAAGACUUAAGACGCUGGUCUUCAAUACCUUUGUGUGGCUGCAGAUUUUCAACGAGGUCAACAACCGCCGCCUUGACAACAAGAUCAACAUCUUGGAAGGAAUUACACGCAAUUGGUUCUUUUCAGGUAUUAAUCUAAUUAUGGUUGGAGGCCAGGUCCUAAUCAUCUUCGUUGGCGGCCCGGCCUUCGAAAUUGUACCUCUCAACGGCAAGGAAUGGGGUCUUUCUAUCGGACUUGGCGCCAUAUCACUGCCUUGGGGCGUGCUCAUCCGCAAGUGCCCCGACGAGUGGGUCGCCGGAUGCUUGCCGUGGUUCAUCCGGAAGAAGUGGGCCCCCGAGAGCAUCACGCCGAGCAAGCUGGAGGCGCACAGACGCAAUACGGUUGAGAUGGAGGAGGGCAUCCGGCCACCGCUGCGGACGCUCUCGACGCUCCGUGGCGACCGCGCGAGGCAGAACAUUCGCGGUGGGAGCGGCUUCAGGGCGUACAUGCACGAGCAGAAGGUGAAGGCGAAGCAGGCCAUGAAGAAGACGCAUGGUUCGGGGACUGCCACCCCUGUGAAAACUGAGAGUGCUUCGGAGCAGGGGAAGAAUUGAAAGGUUGGCGGACCAAGUUUUUUGUUCGGUAUUGCGUUGACUCGCAAAUUCAAUAAUUCCAUAGGCAAAUACAUAUUUUGUUUUGGCAA